GUUUUCGUGGACGCAGAGAAGUGUGCUUAAUGUUGUGAUCUAGUGUUUUCUUUAUAAUAUUCAAUUUAUCUCGAAAAGGAUUGGAUUAUACCAUAAAUAAGGUGUAUCAACUAAGGAUAAUGCAUCUCUGUAUCAUCUUUUAGAGAAGUUAGAAGAUUCGCGAUACCAUCGAGAUUUUUCCCAUCUGGGUAUCGAACAAGUUGAAAAUGAUCGUGCAAAGCACGUUGGUUCCCGGGACACGAUGGCAAACGGUGUUUGUAGCAGAACGGCAUUAUAAGCGCAGAGAGCAGCAGUGUGUGAAUAGCGAGCACGUGCAUUUCCCACAGAAAACCAAUAGGGGCCUUGGCCAGCUGGGAAUAUGAACGGUGCGCACAGAAUUCUGUCUUUCGAUCUUUUGGGGUAUACGCGACUUAAAAUGAGAAUGAAGGCUGUUUGAAAGAACGAACAAUGUUCGGGCCUUGGAAUGUAUCGAUAGAAAGGCACAACAAAGCGUCCGAUUUCCUUUCCUAUAUUUUAAAUGUAAUUUUGUGCCUGUAAAAUAAGAAAAGGCUCUGAUGGAAUGGUAGCGACAGUAUCUCGGUUUUUAUUGAAACGCCCGUAAUACGCGACACGCGUUUGUCGUUUUCAUCAAACCUAGUUUCAAAAAAACCAUCAACAACGGCGGCGAUCGGCGUUGGGGUGCAACCCGUGUUAUCAUCCGGCUAUCAUAGCACGGUGCCACCCCAGAACGGGGGUGGUGGUUCGACAUUUAGUGCCGCGGCGAUGGUGGCAGCUGCCACCGCUACGGCCACCGCCACAGCCAGCGUGGUGGCCAUGCAGGAUCGCCAAGACAUCCCUUCUCAAUUUAAUCAAAUGCAAAGCCAACAUGGAAUACCCCAUCAAACAUAUAACGCAGGGUAUGCCCAAAGAGGACCAAUGGCCGGAAUGGGGCCAGUCGGAAUGAACAACUUCAAUAGUAUGGGCACGAUGAGUCCAAUGCAUUCUAUGAAUUCCAUGAAUUCGAUGAACAGUAUGAAUAGUAUGAACUCGAUGAAUCCUAUGUCGAUGGGAGGUAUGAACGGUAUGAAUAGUAUGAACGGAAUGACUCCCAUGAGCUCUAUGAGUAACAUGGGUAAUAUGGGCAUGAACAAUAUGAUGGGACCUAACAAUAUGCAAAUGAAUAAGAUGAGCAUGCAAGCUCAACCUCAUCAAGGCUAUCCAAGGAGAUUAGCACCUUAUCCAAAUCCUGCUAUGCAUAUGGCACAAAAGAGACAACAAAAUCCAUAUUCAAAUCCAAAUCCAGCUGCGAUGCAACCAGCCUUCAAUGGCAUGUCAUCAUCGCAAUAUCCGGCCAAUUAUCCUGCUGCAGCAAGGCCGAACUUUCAACCUCAGUAUCAGCCUAUGCAAAAUAUGAAUCCAUCAGCUGCUGGUUUUGGGCCUAACUCUAUGAUACGGAGUAGUAAUAUGAGGCAAACUACGCCUUCAUAUACUCCCAAUCAAACUGCGAGUAACCAAUAUUAUAAUAGCAAUGGUAUACCAGUUAGUAUGGGACCUACAACAGUUGGAAAUCAAUUUGUUGGUCAUCAACCAAACUCAGGAUAUGCUGGUAAUACAUCUUCGUAUGGUACAGCUGGUGUUGCAACCAGUCAAUAUCAACAAGAUGUUGCAUCAAUGAGAACGACAGGCGCAGGGAGUUUAAAUUAUCAACAUAGUCCUAUUCCUGGUAAUCCAACUCCACCAUUGACGCCAGCCACCAGUAUGCCUCCCUAUAUCAGUCCAAAUCCAGAUAUUAAGCCUAAUUUCAAUGAAAUAAAAUCACCAAUUAAUAUUCAGAAAGAUGAUGAAUUACGAUUAACAUUCCCCGUAAGGGAUGGCAUUAUUCUUCCACCCUUCCGCUUAGAACAUAAUCUGGCUGUAAGCAAUCAUGUUUUUCAAUUAAAACCCACGGUACAUCAAACAUUGAUGUGGCGAUCCGAUCUGGAACUGCAACUCAAGUGUUUCCAUCAUGAAGAUAGACAAAUGAAUACAAAUUGGCCAGCAAGUGUACAAGUCUCUGUGAAUGCUACGCCAUUAGUUAUCGAUCGUGGUGAGAAUAAAACAUCUCAUAAGCCUUUAUACCUAAAGGACGUUUGUCAACCUGGAAGAAAUACGAUACAAAUUACUGUAUCGGCAUGUUGUUGUUCUCAUUUGUUUGUACUUCAAUUAGUUCAUCGACCAAGUGUAAGAAGUGUACUUCAUGGACUAUUACGUAAAAGAUUACUUACAGCAGAGCAUUGUAUUACUAAAAUUAAACGAAAUUUUAAUAAUACCAUUUCAAAUAAUGGUAUACAAUCGGAGAAAGAUGUCGUAGAACAAACAGCACUAAAGGUAUCCUUAAAAUGUCCUAUUACUUUUAAACGUAUUACACUGCCAGCUAGGGGACAUGAUUGUAAACAUAUUCAAUGUUUUGAUUUGGAAUCAUACUUACAAUUAAAUUGUGAACGAGGAUCUUGGCGAUGUCCUGUAUGCACAAAACCUGCACAAUUGGAAGGUUUAGAAGUUGAUCAAUAUAUGUGGGGUAUUUUAAAUACUCUGAACACUGCAGAAGUAGAAGAAGUUACGAUAGAUUCAAUGGCAAAUUGGAAACCGGCAAAAAAUUUAACUAAUAUUAAAUCAGAAGAAGAAAGUGAUUGCAAAAGAAUGACAAAGGCAAUGUCACCUGGAAGUAUGAAUAUGCCUACUAUGAAUAAUUGGGAUAUGAAUCAAGCAAUGAGUCCAUACAUACCACCUGAUAUGAGUAGUAUUGUGAGCGGUUCUAUGAUGAAUAAUACUUCAACUACGUAUGGAAAUAAUAUCAAUCAUCGGAAUUCAUCGGGAGGAUCUUUUGAUAUUAAUUCUGGGACGAACACGAAUACUAGUAAUGAUUAUACUAAUGGAGCACAAGGACCUCUUUCACACUUAAAUGAAUCAGUGAAUUCUUUAGAUCCUCUUAAUGCUAUGGAAAAAUCACUUAAUGAUCAGAUGCCACAUACACCUCAUACACCUCAUACGCCUCAUACGCCACAUACACCAGGUGGUGGAAAUAGUGGUCCACCAAGUGUUCCUCCAGCAUCCCAGGAAUCUACUGGAAAUCUUAAUACAUCUGGUAAUACAAACAUAAACAAUGAUACUGCGGAUAUACCAUCGGAUUUAAAUUUUGAUCCAGCUGCAGUAAUAGAUGGUGAGGGUACAGGUCAAGAAGCUCUAAAUCUCUUGCCAGAUAAUGUUGUGGAUCCAAUGGAAUUACUUUCAUAUCUAGAUCCACCAGAUCUGAAUACUCCACCCAGUAGUGGCGCUAGCAGUGGUAAUCCUUCAUCAAGUGAUGAUAUAUUAGCUCUUUUCGAAUAAAAGUUAAUGGGCAUCUCAUAAGAGAAAUAAUCAAAUUAUGACCCUGAUCUUAAGGAACAAAAUGAUAUCAACAAGUUUGCAUCCUAAUACAGAUAUAUUUCUAAUUGAAUGAAAUUAUUUGUAGUGAACAAUUUCAAAAAUUGGGGUCAUUAUUGGGUGCUCUCACCUAAUUCAAUGGUACAAAAAAUCUUAGCUCUAAUUAUAAUAUUCCUAUCGACAAAGUUAGGGCAUAUUAUUAGAUUUAAAGACAAUGACUUUUAAUUAAUAGGUAAAACAAAAUAUGUAAUAAUGCUUCUUGGUAAAGAUGUUAUUGCAUGGAUAAUAUUACUUCUUGAUCAUUCAAAAUUUUUAUUUCUAAAUCGUUAAAAAUAAAUAUAGUAUUGUACCGAACAUAUAUUUCAGAUUAUUGCAAUUACAUCAUAAUUAUAUUAAUUAUGCUCAAAAACAUGAUACUUGAAUUUUUUAAUAUCAAAUAUAGAAUAUUUUAUAUUAAUAAUAUUAUAUAUUAAUGUUAUAAAAAAAUGUUUGUUUGAUAAAUGUGCAAUACGAUUAAUUUACGUACAUUUUAUACACAUUACACAUAUAUUUUAUCGCAUACAUUUUAUAUAUUCAUUUAUUUUUAAUUCCAAAAUAAGUUUUUACUUAGGUAAUGUUCAAAAAAUAUAUAAUAGAAUAAGAUUUAUUGUGUUUGAUACAAUGAAUUGAUAACUUUUAACUUGAUUUGCAUAAUGUAAUAGAUUUUUAAUAAAUUUUAAAAAGUCGUAUAGCACAUUUAUAAAAUCUUAUAUAUUGAAAAAAUAGAUUUUGAAGUCAAUAUAUAUACAACAUUGGAAUAAUUUUAGAAACCUAUUUAUAUUGAUAUACAUUACUAUUAUAAAGUAUCAUACAUACAUAUUAUUAAAAUGAUUCUAACAAAUUUAUGAUUUUGGAAUAUUUGUUUAAAAAAAUAUACGUCUCUGUUGUUAUAAAGACUUCAUUAUGUUUAAAAUUUUCCUUGCAAUAUAAUCUUUACUUCAGAACCGGUCUACUCGCAUUCAAGGCUAUGAUGGACCUACAUCACAACAGAAUUAUAAUUGUACACUUGUAAAUAAGUUUUAAUUAAAAAAAAAUAGAUAGAAUAUUCAUCUGUUGUGAAUUACUCUGCUUCUUGAUGGAUAUAGCGUAUAUAGUGUUCCUUUCCUUUAGAUGAUUAGACAACAGAUGAAGAAAAAUCGAGGGCGUAUCGGGCUUCACACUGGAAAUUAAGAUGUAUCUCUUGAACUUUUUUUUAAAAAAAUAUAUAAUUCAAAAUAUUUAAAUUAUGUUUCAUAAAAUAUUUUUUUUUAUUUUUUAUUCUAUUCAUAGUAAAUAUUAUAAUUUUUAUUUAUGUGGAAAUUAACUUGAUGUUAAAUUUAUUAAUGAAAUUAAAAUUUUUAUCAUUAAUAAUAUUAUAUAUAAAAUUUAAUAUAUUAUAUAUAAUAUUAUAUAUAAUUAUAUUAAAAAAAAAUAAAUUAAAAAAAAAUAUCCAAGAAAAUAUUUAAUUUUUUCUUUUUCAUUACAAAAAAUAUUUUUAUUUUUUAAAAGAUUUCAUUAAAUUAUUAUAAUAUGAGAAUAACAAAAUAUUUUUUAUACAAUAUAAAAUCUUUACUCAAAACUUAUUUGUGUGUAUAUAUAUAUAUAUAUAUAUAUAUAUAUAUAUAUAUAUAUGUAUAUGUAUAUACAAAAUGUUAACAUAUUUAUGAGAUAUCUUUGAAAGAUUGAUUUUAAAGAAGAAAAAGAAUAUAAAAAUUGAUAUAAAAAAAUUAAUUAUUAACUAAAGCUUUUUUUUUUAAAUUAAGUUAUAAAUAAGUUAUAAAUAUAUAAUAAAUAAAUAAUUGAAGUACAAUAAAUGAAAUAAGAGAGAAAAAAAGUGAAACUGCUUUUCCAUUACAUUGCACUUUGUUUUUAUCUCUUAUAUCUUCAUUUAACAAAAACUUAAAUUAUUUACAAUUUAAUAAAUAUUUGCCAUCAAUAUUUAUAUCAACUUUUUUAUUUUGAUCUUUAUAAUACAUUUUCCAAAGAUAUUUUACAAAUAUAUUAACAAUCUAUAUACAUUAUAUAUAGUAUAUAGAAUUUAUUUUCACAUUUUAAUUAGUUAAAAAAAUUUAUAUUAAUAAUUAUUUUAAUAAUUAUGUUAAUAACAAAGUAUGUAUAUCUCUUAUUCUAUUUAUGAUUUUUUUAUUAAAAAAUUUUUUUAUUAAAAAUAGAAACAAUUUUAUAUUAUUUUAUAUUAUUAAAACAAAUAAAUUUACUAAAAUUGAAUAAUAAAUUAUAAAAAAAAAUAAAUUUUAUGAGAAAUAAACUUUUGAAGAAUUGAAAGAAGAAUUAUUAAAGAAUUAGUAUGAGAAAAUAAAUUCUAUAUAACGAAAUUAGCACAAAUUUUCAAAAGAACUGAUUUUCGCUUAAUGAAGAUAAAAAACUAUAUGUAUGAUACUACUGCCAGAGUGAAACCGCCCAUGGCCCCCAGCUUACAUAGUAAUUAUUACAUUUAUAUCUUUUGUGAUUAAAAGAGAAAAUAUAUACUUAAAGUGAUUCAUGUAGAUUAUACAAAUUUUAUAUAAAAAUGUAUUUAUAUUCCAGUGUGCAACAAUAGCGCACAUUGACGAAUUAGAUGCGGUCAAGUUUCUAUUCAUAUAACUUAAUUAUAAUAUUAUUAAUAAUACGAUAAUAAUACUUAAUUAAGCGAGAUUAUUGUAUAUUACUUGUAUAUAUGAUAAAUAGAUUAAUAAUAUAAGAAAAGUGGCAGAUACUUAUUGGCCAGUUAUAAUAAUAAAAUAAUUAUCUUAAUUAUUUCUCAGAACCAAAACAUACAAGCAUUGUAUGAGAAUACUUUAAAAUUAGAAAAUAAAACAUGUAAAUGAAUAUAGGAUAAUAACAGUUCAAAUAUUGCACUGUUAUUUCUAAUAGAAUUAUUACUUACUUAUUAAAGACAUAAUUAUCAAAAAAGUUUAUUCAAAUUAUAAGCUUUACUUAGGAUUGCCAGAAAGUAGGCACGUGCAACAUUGUUGCAAUUGUAUAUAGACAAUGUCUACCUAUACCUACUUAAUAAUAUCCUAAAAAUACAUGAUACAUGGUCUUGGUUUACAAGUUGUAGAGUUUUAUAAAUAUCUGGUAAAUUAGCACAAUAUUUUUAAUUUUUAUCAAAAGAUAUGAAUAUAUAUUAAAUAAUAUAUGAGAAGAAAAAUAAGGAUAAUAAAUAUCAAACUUAAAAUAUCAAACUGUGGUAUUAGUUAAUUAAAUUAUAUAUUUCAUAAUCAAUUUUGCUCAUUUAAAUAUAAACAAUUUUGUACUGAAGAAAUCUAACUUUUACAAAGGAAUAUUAAUAAUUAAAUUACAUAUUUGCAACAUAUAUAUUUUCAAAUCAAUUUCAAUUUUAAUCUAAUAAUAUUUCAGAUUAUUAUGAAUCUCUACAACUUUAUAAUUAUAUACCUAUUUAUCUAUUGUUAGGAGGCCUAUGAUUUGAACCUACAAUGCGUCGCAAAAGACUUAAAUGAUCAAAUGUCAUGUGUGUUGUCUUGUCCAAGACCUGAAAAGUUUCACUAAGAAAAUAAAAUAUUUUCAUGUAAUAUGACACGGCUGUACCUACUUAUGGCAUAUUGAAUGUAUUCAAUGAAUCCAAUGAAGCUUAAAGCUGUUAAUAAGCAUUUAUAGACGAACAAUAAUUUCAUUUUGUUAUAUUGAUAUGUAUAUUAUUAAAUUCCUUAAAAAUUUAAUGUUAGUUUAGAUAAUCAGUUUUAAAUAUUAUACAUAUUAUAAAUAUUCAUAACUUUUUUAAUUAUUCACAAAAACUGGACAUGGACCAACUUUUGAUUAUACAUGGGAUUUAUAGUAAUCGAUUAAAUUUUGGAAGUAAAAAAAAGUGUUCGUAUAUUUUGAGUAUCUAAAACAUCAAAAGCUGUGCAAUUUGCUUUAACAUAAUUUCAUAAAUAUAAAAAUAUAGAAAUGUUUUAAGCAUUGCCAAAGAAAAUAGAAAUUGAAACUAUAUAAUAACCGAAAGAACUUAGUUGUAAUCACAAUUAUAAGUUAAACAGGAUAAAAACGGUCACAAUUUUACUAACGAAAUUAGAAAAAAAAACUUUCGUUAUUAGAUAAUUAUUCUCUUCAAUUAUAUAAAAAGACAUAAGUUAGUUAUAUAAUUAAUUAGUAUUGUGUUUUGGAGAUAUUUCAAGUUUCUUUUUUUUAUUUCAGUAAAUUAUGUGACCAAUUUUUAUUCUACUAGUAACAAUGUUUUUAUAUCAAUAAGAUUUUUAUAAAUCUACAAUUAUUACCUGAAGUUUUUCAUAAAUUGUUCAAACAUUUCAUAGAUAAAUCAUAAUGUUAUAUUAAUCAAUAUACAGAGUAUAUGUAUUUAUCAUAAUCGCCAUAAGUGAUUGGUACAGAUUUGUGUAAGAAUAAAGAAUAAUACAAAAGUGUACGUUAUAAAAAAUACUAAUAUCAUUGGUUGCAUUCAUGUAAAAAAUUUUAAUACACAAAGACCAGUUUAUAAUAUGUAUGACAGACAUCACAUUGUUUCUCGAUAACAGUUAGAAACAUUCAAUAAAAAAGUCAUAAAAUA